CAGCUGGAGUCUGAAGCAGGCAGUUCUGAAGCUCCGGGAAGGACAGACCAUGGACCUACUGAACCCUCCUCCACCAGCUGCAGCACAAAGCCGGGCAACAGAGCACACAUAUGGGCUAGACACAGACCACUGGAACUGACCAACCCCAUGUACCGAUUAGAACAAUGAAAGUGGAAGUUGUCGGGUGCCUAGGAGAGGUCUAAUCAAUCCAAAUAUUAUGGAUGUAUAUGUACCAAAUGGCAAAUACUGAACUCCAGGGUCAUUUCGAAGAGACCGCAGGUACUGACGAUGACGCACAGCUCUGUGAGUGUCACUGGGCUUCUACCAGACUGUUCUGGAUUAUUGUGUUGUGUCUCAGAGUUUCAUUUUAAUUAAAUAAUGUGUUGCUGGCAUUGCA